UCUCUUUUUUCCUCCUACGGUAGGAGGAGCGACUGAGCCAGAGCUUCUUCGCUUCUAUUGCUUUUUUCGUCUACUUUUUAUCACUCUUCACUGACUCUAUCACUAUCUCUCUUUGAUGGCUUUGGAAGAGGAAGUGCAAAGGGAUGAAAUUGGGGUUCUGUUGCAGAGGGUAAGCUCUGACGUCGCGGAAGACAGAUUAUCCGGUUCUUGCUCAUCGUCGUCGUCGUCGUCGGCGGCGGUGGCAGAGGCGGAGGCGGAGAUGGAGAAGACGCAUUCAGGUAACGGUUCAAAAUGUAGAGUGGACCGGAUGGUGAAGAUUGAGCUCGAUGCGGCGCGAGCUUUAGCAGAUUUUGCGCAUUUAGUGCGGCUUGAGAGCGAAAACCCUAGCGGUGAAUCGGGCGGGAAGUGGGGGAAUAAAGGGAGGAGGUCGAGGAAGAGAAUUAAGAGUGAGCCUCCGGCGAGGGACUUGGGGAGCGUGAAGUUUCAGUAUUCUAAGGAUGAUACUAUGUUAGAUCAGAGGCAUCAUACCCAAAAUGCCAUAAUAGAAACAGUAGAAAGAGUGAAGGUUGAACAGGAUACUGGAAUACCUAGAUCAAAUGCUAUAUUGUCCACAGGUUGUGCAUCAUUUGUUAGAGGCAGGUCAAAGCGAAAUUUGACUGAGGCUGAAAAGGAAGCACGGAGAUUACGUAGGGUAUUAGCAAAUAGGGAAUCAGCUAGGCAGACCAUUCGCCGUAGGCAGGCCAUGUGUGAGGAGUUGACAAGAAAAGCUGAUGAUCUAGCACGGGCCAAUGAGAACAUGAAGCGGGAAAAGGAUUUGGCUGUGAAAGAAUAUAAGUUGCUGAAAGAAAGAAAUGAACAGUUAAAAUCACGGAUAGCCAAGAAAGUAAAGGCUGCAGUGCAAGGAACACCAGAAGAAACUGCAUCAACCCAUGUUGAGAUACCAGCACCUUCAGCUUCAGAGCUGCCAUUUCUCAUCUACAAUGGGCUCCCAUUUCCACCUUUUAUUUGCCCCUCCAUCAUCCAAGCGUUUAAUCCUGUCCAAAUGCAACCUGUUCAUGCUACCAUGCUGCAAGAUCAAGUGCAUCCCAUCUCAUCACAUGAACAAGGAAACACCCCAUUUCCUAACGAGCCAAGAACUCCCUUUUAUCUAUUGCCAUGUCCAUGGUACUUCCCUCUUCCUGACCAUAGAAACCACCCCCAGCCUCACCCCAUGGCCUCAUCUGGUUCGAGGGAUAAACAAGAAGAUGCUUCUAACAAUGACCAGCGUGAUGGGGAAUCUUCAAAAGAAAUAUUAAAUGUAGAUAGCAACAACCCAUCUUUAAACAUGGAAGUCAAAAUAGAUGUUUCAAGUUCUACAGAAGCAAACUCUGGGAACAAUCCUCCUGAAAUUGAAUUCCCGACAGCUGGAGGUCAGACAUUGGGACCUUAUCCUCAGGGAGCAAUACAUAUGCCUUCGCUUCAUAGAUGCACCAGACGUGCUUCUGCUGCCAAGGGUGAGAAAGAGGUCCAUCCGCAUUCUACUUGCACAGAUGAACCUGUUUCUUCAACAGCUAGUCAUGCUGCAAGUCCUUUGCGAGAAAAGAUACAUGCACCUACAAUGCACUCGAGUAAGAGACUGGUGGAUGUGGCUGUUGCAGCUGCGGCUCGAAAGAGGAGGAAGGAACUCACAAAGCAAAAAAACCUCUGUGAGAAAGAGGUCCAUCUACUUUCUACUUGCGCAGAUGAACCUGUUUCUUCCACAGCUAGUCAUGUUGCAAGCCCUUCACAAGAAAAGAUGCCGGUACCUACAAUGCACUCGAGUAGCAGACUGGUGGAUGCAGCUGUUGCAGCUGAGGCUCGAAAGAAGAGGAAGGAACUCACAAAGCGAAAAAACCUCCUCUGUAAGAAAGAGGUCCGUCCACAUUCUACUUGCGCAGAUGAACCUGUUUUUUCCACAGCCAGUCAUGUUGCAAGCCCUUCAGGAGAAGAGAUGCAUGCACCUACAAUGCACUUGAGUAAGAGCCUGGUGGAUGUGGCCGUUGCAGCUGAGGCUCGAAUGAGGAGGAAGGAACUCACAAAGCAAAAGAACCUUUGUAAGAAAGAGGUCCAUGUCCAUCCACAUUCUACUUGUGCAGAGGAACCUGUUUUUUCUACAGUUAGUCAUGUUGCAAGCCCUUCGCAAGAAGAGAUGCAUGUACUUACAAUGUACUCGAGUAGGAGAUUGGUGGAUGCGGCUGUUGCAGCUGAGGCUCAAAAGAGGAGGAAGGAACUCACAAGGGAAAAAAGCCAUUGUGAGAAGGAGGUCCAUCCACAUUCUGCUUGCGGAGAUGAACCUGUUUCUUCGAUAGCUAGUCAUGUUGCAAGCCCUGUGCGAGAAAAGAUGCAUGCGCCUACAAUGCACUUGAGCAAGAGACUGGUGGAUGCAGCUAUUGCAGCUGUGGCUCGAAAGAGGAGGAAGGAACUCACAAAGCUAAAAAACCGUUCUGAGAAAGAGGUCCAUCCUCAUUCUAUUUGUGCAGAUGAACCUCUUUCUUCCACAGCUAGUCAUGUUGCAAGCCCUUUGCAAGAAAAGAUGCAUGCACCUGUUAGACUGGUGGAUGCUGCUGUUGCAGCUCUCGCUCGAAAGAGGAGGAAGGAACUCACAAAGCAAAAAAAUCUUCAUGGUCGGCAAGAAAAAGUGCAUGUACCUACUAGACUGGUGGAUGCUGCUGUUGCAGCUGUGGCUCGAAAGAGGAGGAAGGAACUCACAAAACAAAAAAACCUUCAUGGUCGGCAACUACGGCUACACUGUUGAGGGCUUACAACAACCUGUUUCUUGGAGCUUGAUUUGUGAUCAGCAUCUGGAUCUGAAGUGACUUAUAGAUUUGAUUCUAGUGAACAAGUGUGUCACUAGAAUUUUAAGAGAUUGUAGAAUACAGCACGAGUCGAAGAUUUUAAUGGAACAGCGGAGAUUUUGGUUACUUCGAAUGCAUGUGAAUUGACCGUAUAGUUUAUACUUUACCCGUGGAGGCAUCAAUUUUUUGAAGGAGGCUGUUGUUCACUGUAACAGAGCGUAUCGCCAUUUUGUAAGGCUUCAAAAUGGAGUUGGGAAAGGGAUUAGAUGGGAAGAUCCGAAGAUUUAAAGGAAUGAUCUCUGCAUAUCUUCAACCUUCCAAGUUCCAACAGCUGUUGUGUAAUUUUUUGUGGGAACUACAACUUUUUUAUUAAUUUGCAGUUCUGAAUGAUUCCAAGUUUUGCCUGAGCUAUUCUGGUU